AAGCGGUGCGGUCGCGGCCGGCGGUUGCCGAGUGGACCCGGACGCGGCUGUACGCUGAGCCCUCGGUCCGGCGCCCGCCGCGGGCCGCAGCCAUGUCGCUGCUGCAGUCUGCGCUCGACUUCCUGGCGGGCCCGGGCUCCCUGGGGGGUGCUGCCGGCCGCGACCAGACUGACUUCGUGGGGCAGACGGUGGAAAUGGGCGAGCUGCGGCUGCGAGUGCGGCGGGUCCUGGCGGAGGGCGGGUUUGCGUUUGUCUACGAAGCGCAGGAUCUGGGAAGCGGUCGAGAGUACGCGCUGAAGAGGUUGCUGUCCAACGAGGAGGAGAAGAACAGAGUCAUCAUUCAGGAAGUUUGUUUCAUGGUAUCCUUUUCCGGGGAGAGGAGUUUUCUUCUUUGUGCUUCACUCUCGGGGUGAUGGUAAGAGAUUCCCUAGCGUUGGGCCUGGAGGCGUCGUUCUGCCCAGAGGUCUCCGAGCCCAGGACAGCCCCUUGCCUCUGUCCUUCCAUCUGCCCCUUUGGACCUCCUGCGGCCCGCAGGGCCCCUCGCCGGGCCUGGCUCCUGCCGGCCUCCAUGUGGCCUCUCAUCAGCCCGUGUGUCCCUCUCGCCCUGCCCAGAGCGCUUGGGUCCCGGGCGUCCGUGCCCGGCCUCCUCUUCUCUGUCUCGAAGCUCUGUCCACUGCGAGCCUGCCGGCCUCCUGGGCCUCCUUGCCCUUCGCAUCUUCGCGUGCGCUGUGCCCUCGGCCUGCCGUCCCGCCGGCCUCUGGUCAGACUCAUGCAUUCUCCUUUAACAAGACACCUGCAGAAAAAACUUUCAGGCCACCCCAAUAUUGUCCAGUUUUGCUCUGCAGCGUCGAUAGGGAAGGAGGAAUCGGACACCGGGCAGGCCGAGUUCCUGCUGCUCACGGAGCUCUGCAAAGGGCAGUUGGUGGAAUUUUUAAAGAAAGUUGAGUCCAAAGGUCCACUCUCGUGCGAUACGGUCCUGAAGAUAUUCUAUCAGACGUGCCGGGCGGUGCAGCACAUGCACAAACAAAAGCCGCCCAUCAUCCACAGAGACCUCAAGGUUGAGAACCUCCUGCUGAGUAACCAGGGGACCAUCAAGCUGUGUGACUUCGGCAGCGCCACGACCAUAUCCCAUUACCCGGACUACAGCUGGAGCGCCCAGCAGCGGGCCCUGGUGGAGGAGGAGAUCACCAGGAACACGACGCCCAUGUACAGGACCCCGGAGAUCGUGGACUUGUACUCCAACUUCCCCAUCGGCGAGAAGCAGGACAUCUGGGCCCUGGGCUGCAUCCUGUAUCUGCUCUGCUUCCGGCAGCACCCGUUUGAAGACGGGGCAAAGCUGCGCAUCGUCAAUGGGAAAUACGUGAUCCCUCCGGACGACACGCGCUACUCUGUGUUCCACGGCCUCAUCCGCGCCACGCUCAAGGUCAACCCGGAGGAGCGGCUGUCCAUCACAGAGCUGGUGAACCAGCUCCAGGAGAUCGCAGCCGCCCGGAACGUGAACCCCAAGUCGCCCAUCACCGAGCUCCUGGAGCAGAAUGGAGGCUGUGGGAGCGCCGCCCCUCCCACGGGCUCCGCGAGCAGCGGCUGCAGUGGAGGCCUGGCGGUGGCUGAGUACGACCAGCCCUACGGGGGGCUCCUGGACAUUCUGCGUGGGGGCACUGAGCGCCUGUUCACCAACAUCAAGGACACCUCCUCCAAGGUCAUCCAGUCUGUUGCCAGUUACGCGAAGGGAGAUCUGGACAUUUCUUACAUCACGUCCAGAAUCGCAGUGAUGUCCUUCCCGGCGGAAGGCGUGGAGUCGGCCAUCAAGAACAACGUAGAGGACGUGCGGCUGUUUCUGGACUCGAAGCACCCGGGCCGCUACACCGUCUACAACCUCUCCCCGAGGACGUACAGGCCCUCCAGGUUCCACAGCCGGGUCUCUGAGUGCGGCUGGGUGGCCCGGCGGGCUCCGAGCCUGCACAGCCUGUACAGCCUGUGCAGGAGCAUGCACGCGUGGCUCCGCCAGGACCCCAAGAACGUCUGCGUGGUGCACUGCAUGGACGGCAGAGCUGCAUCCGCCGUGGCCGUCUGCUCCUUCCUGUGCUUCUGCCGGCUCUUCAGCACCGCAGAGGCCGCCGUGUACAUGUUCAGCAUGAAGCGCUGUCCGCCUGGCAUCUGGCCGUCCCACAAGAGGUACAUCGAGUACGUGUGCGACAUGGUGGCGGAGGAGCCCAUCACGCCGCACAGCAAGCCGGUCCUGGUCAAGGCCGUGGCCAUGACACCAGUGCCGCUCUUCAGCAAGCAGAGGCACGGCUGCAGGCCCUUCUGCGAGGUCUACGUGGGGGACGAGCGCGUGGCCACCACGUCCCAGGAGUACGACAAGAUGAGGGAUUUCAGAGUCGAGGAUGGCAAGGCGGUCAUCCCCCUGGACGUGGCGGUGCAGGGCGACGUGCUCGUCGUCAUCUACCACGCCAGGUCCACCCUGGGAGGGAGGCUGCAGGCCAAGAUGGCAUCCAUGAAGAUGUUUCAGAUCCAGUUCCACACGGGGUUCGUGCCUCGGAACGCAACCACUGUGAAAUUCGCAAAGUAUGACCUGGACGCCUGUGACAUUCAGGAGAAGUUCCCGGACCUGUUCCAGGUGCACCUGGAGGUGGAGGUGGAGCCCAGAGACAGGCCCAGCCGCGAGGCACCCCCCUGGGAGAGUGCCAGCAUGCGGGGGCUGAACCCCAAAAUCCUGUUUUCCAGUCGAGAGGAGCAGCAGGACGUUCUGUCUAAAUUUGGGAAACCAGAGCUGCCCCGGCAGCCGGGCUCCACCGCGCAGUAUGAGGCCGAGGGCCCCGGGCCGGACCUGCCGCACAGCAGCGCGGACGCCAACCACUUCCUGCACACACUGGACUGGCAGGAGGACAGGGACACCACGGCAGGCCCGGAAGGCCACCCGGCCAAAGAGGACCCGCCUGCUGCGGCCGAGGAUGGACGUGAGAGUGAGCCGUCUGACGAGGAGGCCACGACGCUCUCGGCCGAGAGCGGGGACACGGCUGAUGAGGACGCGCCGGGCCCAGCCGCGCCGCCGGAGGACAGCGUGGACCUCCUGGGGCUGCACGCCGAGGCGGGGCCGGCCCCGUGCCCGCAGGCCCGCGGGGGGCCCCCCAGCAACGCGGACCUACUCAGCUGCCUUCUGGGGGCCCCGCCACCUGCUCCAGCGGGUACCACAGGCCGUCUGCUGGAAGGGGACACGUCCCUGCUCUUCUCCAGCCCAGCCCCUCCUCCCAGCGCUCCGACGGCGCCUCGCGAGGCUUCUGCCCCGGCUGCUGACCCAUUCGACCCUCUCCUGCUGCCGUCUGACCCAGUCUCCCAGCCCUGCUCCAGGCCUGACCUCUUUGGGGAAUUUCUGACCUCAGACUCUCCGGCCGGCCCGCCCGCGUCCUUCCCCUCCACCCACAGCGCCCCACCCCCGGCCUGCAGCUCCGACUUCCUGCGUCUGGGGGACCUGCCGACAGAGCCCAGCAGGGUGACGGCCUCCACCAGCCACCCGGACCUGCUAGGAGGAUGGGACGCCUGGGCCGAGGCUUCGGCUCCCACGUCGGCCACAGAAGGCCCCUUCUUCUCUCCCGGAGGCCAGCCGGCCCCUCCUGGCCCCCCGGCCAGCCAGCCCCAGUCUCAGAACCAGGACCCGUUUGCUGACCUCGGUGACCUCAGCUCCAGCCUCCAAGGGAUAGGGCGCCAGACAGAACGUCAGCCAAGCGUGGGAGCCGAAGGCCUCGCCCACCCAGCCACCAGGAAGGGCCGAGCCCUGGGCCGUGGGCAGUGUCAACCGCUUUAAAAGAACAGAAGUUGUACAGUCGCUGUUGUUCCCUGAUGGACUCACGCUAGAAACCGGCAACACCAAGAGGUAGAACCUCCACGUUGUUGGAAAUGGAGUGACCCGCUGCUAAACAACACGAGUCAUAUGGGAAGUCGCGCGGGAAAUCGAACCGUACGUCAAAGAGUAAAAUGAAAACACCGCGUCGGAACGCGGGGUGCAACUCGAGCGGCGCCAGGGGCGCCCGUGGCACCGAGUGUGCAGUCGGGAGAGAGAGGUGCCUCGCCGGCUCAGAGGGUCUUCGCAGAGAAAGGCAAGGUAAGCUCGAAGCCAAGAAGGAAGAAGACGAUACGCAGCCCCCGUCGGUGAACCAGAGUGAAAACUAGAGAAAAACGGGGUAAACACAAAGUUUGUUUUCUGAGAAGAUCCGCAGAAUUGACAAAUCCCUGCUAAGAUGGAUUUAAAAAGGUUGACACGUCGUCCGCAGACUCCAGAGACUCCGUAGGGCAACGGGCUCACGGCCUCCGAGGGGCGCGGUGCGGGAGGGCGGUACCGUGAGGGGGACUCCGGCCCAGAUGGGCUCCCUGGAGAAUUUUACUGCACAUUCAGAGGACUCGCAGCAAUUCCGGUCUCUUCCAGGCAGCGGGAAGAGGAGGGCACCUUUUCCAGUUGGCUUUUUGAAGCUGGCAUUACUCUGACACCAAGAGCAGACAGAGACCGUAGCGUCCCUCCCAAGUCCAGGCGCAGAAUGAGAGCUGCGCCCCGGCACGUGGCGGUCACCCUGCACAAGGGGACCCACAGCACAGCCGGGGAGGGACGCCGUGCGCCCUGCGAUGCAGGAGUGGCACCGGGCAUGCUUGGCAAACCACGGCGAGAACCACGCACUCACAGAGGCCUGCCGCCAGCUUGGGGCUGGACUGGGGAGCCCUCACGCUCCCGGUCGACCCAGGGGGUCCAAGCAGGGACGGAAGGGGCACAGGCAACUGCGGUCUGCGUGGGAAGCCUCCAGGGUCUGUGCAAACGUCGCAGGUCCCAGAGUGAGCUCCCGAGGUCACAGGACACAAGGCUGCUUCUCUUUGCUCGCAGCGACCACUGGUAUUAGGAGCCCCACGGUGGAACCACCCCAUGUACAGUUCCCCAAAAGAAGAGAAAAGAAACACCUCUUACCAAGCACUCACGGGACCUAUGUGGCAAAGCUGCGAAACCACCCGGGGAGGAGGUCAGGGAGCCCCUCAGCCAGCGGCCGGGCUCCGGCCCGGAAGGCACCCUGGUCACUGGGCCGGUUCCUGCCAGAAAUUCCCGAGAGGGGGCUCCUGCAGGCACGGCCGAGCUCGAGCUCGCUGCGGGGUUGCUGGGACUCGGGGGAAGGGGCCUUGCCGGGACUUGCCCCGCCAGGCCUCGGGCUUCCUCUGCGGCUGCCGAAAUCAGGACUGUGUAGUGUCGGCAGAGGGACAGACACAUAGGUCCCCGGCCAGGGUGGAGGACCCAGAAAUGACCCGCACAAGUGAGACCUGCUGAUUCAUGGCAGGGGAGCAAAGCCGUUUGCGGAUGGUGCUGGGUCAGUUGUUGGUCGUGGGCAAAGAAAGCGGUCACACCCUGAAGCCCCCGCCUUAAACAGCAGGUGAAUGAGGCCCCCAGAGUCGGCCAUGAGUUUAUAAAGCCUUCGGAAGGAAGCAAAGUCCCAGGAGCUGAGGCGGGGCUUUGGUGUCUCCUGGACCGUGGCCCAUCCCGGGAAAAUGAAGCUGGAGCAGGUCAAGUGGAAUCUUUCGCUCCACUAAACCCUGACGGCAGGAUGAAAGGCCACACAGAAAAAUCUUUUCGAACCACAUACUCGACUCUCUAGGAUACGUACACACAGUGAAAGCAAAGCAAAAGUCACGCAACUUGAAAAUGG